AUUAAUGCUUACUUGAAAAAUGCUAAUAAACCCGAGUUAUUUGAUUCACUCAUCAAUACAAUCUACGAGAAAAAUAUCGAAAAGAAAGAUUAUAUCCAGGCAGCAUUAACAAUGGAACUAUUAGCGUCAACUUAUAGUUGGGAUCAGAAUACUAUUCUACGUGCAAGUUUAAGACCAAAAUUUCAGCGGCAAACCUCAUUUGAAAGAAAAGAAACUUUAUUCAAUAUUAUUGCCAAGAACUUUAUAAAAGGUAAUAACUUAGAAAGAGCACUUGAAACAUAUAACGGAUUAUUGGAUUCCUAUCGCUUGCAUACCUAUGAUCUUAAACGCUUUGCUAAUGUUCACACAAAAAUAGCAAAUUUGUAUAAAAGUAUGGCAACCUCAGAUAAUUUGAGUUCAUCCUAUUUUAGGGUCACGUAUGUUGGAAUGGGCUUUCCGCCAAGUGUAAAUGGGAUAAUACAAAUAUUUGAAGGUAGACCUUUUGAACGCAUCAAAUCUUUUCAUAACAGAAUGUUGGAAUUACAUCCUGGGGCGCGAAUUAUUCCUGAUCAUUGGGAGGCUCUAAAAUUAACGCAAAGCUCUCGAAGUGGGAAAUAUUUACACAUUAGUUCUGUAGAACCUGAUGCUGAAAUUUCUGGGAAAUCAAUUAAUGCAACUUUUGGUGAAAGAAAAUAUGCGAAAAAUAAGGAGUUAAGAUACUUCUCGUUGAUAAGAAAAUUAGGUGAUACAAAAUCCAUUUAUGAUUUAUGGACAGAAGAAAUUACUUACGAAACUAAUCUUCGAUUUCCGACCAUUUUAAAUAAAAGUGACGUAAGAGAUAUACAAGUUGUCAAAUUAUCACCAUUGGAUAAUGCUGUCAGGACAAUUGAGCACAAGUAUAACGAUUUGGCUCAAGUUGAAGCCAAGCUUAUCAAUGCAUUUAAAGAGAAAAGUGAAUAUUCAUCAUUACUCAAAGAUUUGAGAGCGCUUUUAGCUGGGGUCGUUGAUUCUCCAGUGAACGGCGGUGUUGAGCAAUACAGAAGGUUUAUGUAUGACGAUGAGUAUGGAGACGACCAGAAACGUAUGAAAAAUGCGUUUGAUAAACUAUGCGUAAUUUUAGAUAAGUGCUUGCAAAUUCAUUCGAAAUUGGUUACUCCUGAUAUGGAAUCCUUUCAUGAUGCGCUAUUACAAUUGUUUAAGAAAAACUUUACAGAAGAAAUUAAAAGGUUGAAACUUUCCGGUGAGCAUUUGUCUGCUUAUAAUCACAACUACUAUCAAUCACUGACUUUUUUUAAGACUGAAUUACAUCUGACACUGUCAUCAGAUGAGACGGGUGUCUCUAGUUCUGCAUCGAAUAUUUCUUUUUUUGAUCUGUCUUCUCUGAAAUUAAGCAUGCGUGCGAGUAAACUAUUCAAUUGGAAGAAGUUAAGAAGUCAGAGAUAA